AUGAAACAACUCACAUGUUUUCUUUUCUGGUUAUUUCUUUCUCAGGGACAAGGCUUGGAAAUCCCCACUAAUGGACUUCCUGAAUUUGCAGAAUAUGGAGAUCUUGUGGAACUGACCCCAGGAAAAUUUCAAUUUGUGCCAGAGAACCGGAGGUAUCAGAGAAGUGUUUCUGGGGAAUCUGCAGAAACGGUGGAAGAUGUUGAUCAAGUAACACUUUAUAGCUAUAAAGUCUCGUCCACUAUUACAGCUCGUAUGGCAAAUACCAUCAUCCAAAGCAAAGUGGUAAACAACUCCCCACAGCCUCAGAAUGUCGUGUUUGAUGUUCAGAUUCCCAAAGGAGCCUUCAUUUCCAACUUCUCUAUGACGGUAGAUGGCACAACAUUUACCAGUUCCAUUAAGGAGAAAAGUGUGGGCCGAGCACUCUACUCACAAGCGAGAGCAAAGGGCAAGACCACUGGAUAGGUGGAUGUAUGGAUUAUUGAACCUCAGGGAAUGAGAUUUCUUCAUGUUCCAGAUACAUUUGAAGGUCAUUUUGAUGGUGUUCCAGUCAUAUCUAAAGGAAACCAGAAGGCACAUGUCUCCUUCAAGCCCACAGUAGCACAGCAAAGGAAAUGCUCCAACUGCUCUGAGACUGCAGUGGAAGGAGACCUGGUGAUUUUGUACGAUGUGAAUAGAGAAGAGAAAGCUGGCAAACUUGAGGUAUUUAAUGGAUAUUUUGUCCACUUCUUUGCUCCCGACAACCUGGAACCAAUUCCCAAAAACAUUCUCUUUGUCAUUGAUGUCAGUGGCUCCAUGUGGGGAGUUAAAAUGAAACAAACUGUGGAAGCCAUGAAGACCAUAUUGGAUGACCUAAGAGCUGAAGACCAAUUCUCUGUGGUUGAUUUCAACCAUAACGUUCGAACCUGGAGAAAUGAUUUGGUGUCAGCCACUAAAACACAGGUUGUAGAUGCCAAGAAGUAUAUUGAGAAAAUCCAGCCUAAUGGAGGCACAAACAUCAACGAAGCACUUCUGCGAGCAAUCUUUAUUUUGAAUGAAGCCAAUAACUUGGGAUUGUUGGACCCCAACUCGGUCUCUCUGAUAAUUUUGGUUUCUGAUGGAGAUCCAACAGUAGGAGAACUUAAAUUGUCAAAAAUUCAGAAAAACGUGAAGCAGAACAUGCGAGAUAAUAUCUCCUUGUUCAGUUUGGGGAUAGGAUUUGAUGUUGAUUAUGAUUUUUUGAAGAGACUCUCCAAUGAAAAUCGUGGAAUUGCUCAAAGGAUUUAUGGAAACCAGGACACUUCUUCCCAGCUCAGGAAAUUCUACAACCAGGUCUCUACUCCAUUGCUCCGAAAUGUUCAGUUCAACUAUCCCCAUACAGCAGUAACGGAUGUCACUCAAAACAGUUUUCAUAACUAUUUUGGAGGCUCGGAGAUUGUGGUAGCAGGAAAAGUUGACCCUACUAAAUUGGAACAAGUACAGAGCAUUAUCAGCGCAACUUCGGCCAGCACAGACUUAGUCUUGGAAACCCUGGGUCAAAUGGAUGACUUGGAGGACUUUCUUUCAAAAGACAAGCAUGCAGACCCUGAUUUCACCAAGAAAUUGUGGGCCUAUCUAACAAUCAACCAACUUCUAGCUGAGCGAAGCCUGGCUCCCACAGCUGCUGCCAAAAGGAAAAUUACAAGAACGAUCCUGCAGAUGUCUCUGGAACAUCAUAUUGUGACCCCGCUCACUGCGAUGGUGAUUGAGAAUGAUUCUGGGGAUGAGCGGAUGCUGGCAGACUCUCCCCCGCAUGAUCAUUCUUGCUGUUCAGGUGCUCUGUAUUAUGGCAGCAAAGUUGCUUCAGGUUCAAUCCCACCUUGGGCCAAUCCUUCACCAACGCCAGAGAUCCCAUUGCAUGCCAGGGGAGCUCAAGUGCUUGAGGCAACUCCACCUCAUGUGAUAAGAGUUGAAAAUGACCCACACUUCAUCAUUUACCUUCCAAAAAGCCAAAAGAAUAUUUGUUUCAAUAUUGACUCAGAACCUGGAAAAGUCCUCAAUCUGGUUUCUGAUCCAGAAUCAGGCAUUUUGGUCAAUGGUCAGCUCAUUGGUGCCAAGAAGCCCAAGAACAAUAAACUAAGCACCUAUUUUGGAAAGCUGGGAUUUUAUUUCCAAAGUGAAAACAUGAAAAUAGAAAUCAGCACUGAGACCAUUACCCUGAGUCAUGGUUCCCACGUGUCCACCUUGCUCUGGGCUGACACAGUGCGCAUCAUCCAUCAAAGGGUGCUUGUCUCAGUGAAGAAAGAAAAAAUUGUGACUAUCACCCUGGAUAAAGAGAUGUCCUUUUCUGUUUUACUUCAUCUUGUUUGGAAGAAGCAUCCUAUCAAUGUAGACUUUUUGGGGAUCUACAUUCCCCCUACAAACAAGUUUUCACCUAAUGCACAUGGACUAAUAGGCCAGUUCAUGCAUGAGCCUGAGAUUCAUAUUUUCAAUGAGAGACCGGGAAAGAACCCUAAGAAGCCAGAAGCAAGCAUGGAAGUAAAAGGACAAAAGCUGACUGUCACCAGAGGCUUACAGAAAGACUACAGAACAGAUACAGUAUUUGGAACUGAUGUUUCCUGCUGGUUUGUACAUAACAAUGGAAAAGGUUUCAUUGAUGGACAUUACAAGGAUUACAUUGUGCCUCAGCUCUAUAGCUAUCUCAAAUGGCCUUAA